AUGCCCUCCCUAUUGCUGUGCGGUUACGGUAGUGCCGCCCUCGGUAUGGCCAUUUCGAUCGUUUAUUUUGGUCUGCACAGCGUCAGGCAGCAACGGAUGCAGCGGCUGGUGCUGGAACGGGAAGUGGUUCAUCAUCUGUACGCACGCCACAGGAUGCAUCCGGUCAACCGUAAGUACGCCAACGCGUACAGCUCGAAGCUGAUUAAGCGCCGGUUGCUGAACAAAAUCAAUCAACUCCAACCACGGAUUCACCUGCGUACCGCGAUACCCCGCUGGCAGCUAAUCCACACGUCGAGUGGUUCAGUGCGUGCCGUCCCAUUGCCAUGA